CGAGUUCGCGACAAUCCAAACGCCAGACGCUCCAGCAUCCAGUCAGUGACCAAAAGUGUGGUACAUAUAGAAAUUUCGUUUUGUUCGUGUCUCUCUCUGUCAAAAAUUUCCAAAAAUUAACCUAGACAAAGUCCAGAAAGGACCACAACCACUUAGAGAAGGGAAAAAUAUUCCAUAUCUGCGAAAACGAAAAUUGCAAAACCGAAACGAUAAUCCCUUGGUUGUUGGUUGAAUUUUCGUCUUGGGUACUUGCACUGUAGAUGAACUUUGCAGUCGCCUUUUGGGUAUAAUAAACCCAUAAAUACCAUUCAGACGAAACAAAUAAAGAUUGACGGACGGACGUGUGUGGAUCGGUCGAUCAUCAGCUAUAGCUAUAUAGUAGAGGUUCCCAUUCCAAUCAUUGUUGAAUCGACAGACUUACGUUCGGCUUCUUAUACAUACAUAUAUGGCUGCGAUCGGCUGCUGCGCAUUUGUACUCGUAUUUGUCUUAAAAAACAACAGAAUUGGCAGUGUUUCCAUUACCAGAGAGAGUGAAACUGUACCAGAAGCUAAAAUACAGAGCUGACAGUGCAAAUAUAUAGAACAACUAUAAGGAACAUAAACGGCUAUCUGAUCUGAUCAGCUUCGUCCAGAGGCGAGCUAAAAAAUUCUAGAAAAAACAAACAAGAAGUAAAACCGGUUGCAGUUGUGCAGAGCUAAGGAUCAUCGAAGAUCUACCAAAUCCGCCUUCAAAAGUAUUUCCAAAAUGAACGCCAACAGUCAACUGAGGAUAACCGUGUGGCUUUGUGUGAUCCUGACAAUGAUCCAGAACCAACCCAUCGACGCACGCGUCCGUGAUCUGUGCACGGUACCGCCCAGCACGAAUGGACUCUGUGUGCCCAGCACUUUGGGAAUCUACUUUGAUGUGGAGACGGAACACUGCCGAUAUAUGGGCUGCGGCAAGCGGCUCUUCGGCAGUCUCGAGGACUGCGAGAAGAUCUGCAACAAUGCCAGACAUGUCAAGAGGCGCAAUCGAUCUGGUGGCAAUGAAACCACAAAUUGAAUACACGUUAAGGAUGUUCUUUUUGAAACAAAUCUCUGUUUGUUUGCGUUGUUAUAAAUACUAGCUACUCGUACUCUCAAUUCAAAUAUCACGGCAGCUAAAUUCGCACUCGGCCUUGUUGGUGAAGCGAUUGUCGUUGCCGCCACAUCCGCCGUAGAUGAAGGGCUCGCAGUGUCGCUUCAGGGGAUUGUACGCAUAGCUCUCCACAUAGCCAAAGCACCUUCCGCUGAUCGUUGGCUGCAGGCACAAUUUCACUGUAUUCGUAUAUUUAUUAAAGUUAGUAGGAAC